AUGAUCAUAAGACUUGGUAAAAAUGGAUAUAGAGAUUUAUUUGAAUAGGCUAAAUAAAAUAAUUUUUUAUUAUUGAAAUUGAUGUUAUUGGGAAAAAAAGCUGCAAUGGUUGCUGAAAGAGUUAUGACAGAUAUAAAGAAAUAUCUCUAAAGAAGAAAGAAAAGCAGUUGCUUAUCAUGA